GGAGCUGGGGCUCCAUGGCAGCCGGGGCUCCAUGGGCAGCCGGGGCUCCAUGGGGAGCUGGAGCUCCACGGACAGCCGGGUCUCUGCAGCUCCAGGCUGGGAUGCUGCACCCUCGCUGCUCCAGCACACCCACCCAGAGCCCCACUGGGAGCCCCGGCCUAUCGAGCCUGUCCAGAGCCAGGUUUUGUGCUGCUCAUGCUCAGGAGAUGACCGUUCAGGAAAACAGAAGCAGCAUCAUUACCAUGUGGCGUUUUGUGCUGUAUUUAUUCAAAGGACAGAAGAUGGGUCUGUGUCUGAAGUGAUGCCAGGCUGAUCUGGCCUGUGAACGCUGCAGAGCAAACAGCUGCCACCUCCUCAUACCAUGUCUUGCCAUCCCAUCCCCAGUACAGCAGGAAGUUGUUUGGUAACAUAAUUAGGUAAGGAGUAUUUAUUUAGAUGAGAAUGAGGUGAAAAUCCCUAUUUCCCAGUUGGUUUGACCCCUAUUUAGAAAGACAGGACAGCAUGCGUGUAGAAGAAAGAUCUACAUGAGUGAAAAUGUGGCUGGCUAAUACGAAAAGGUACACUGUGGAAUUUUGCCUAAGGAUAAAAUGUAAUUUUAAUUGAAAGCUGCUGUAACUUGAUAGGGAAUAUCCACAACAGUCUUGAGGAUCUACUUUAAAAUAUAGUUAAACACAGAGCCAACUCCCACCACUCUGUCUCUUAGAGCUACAUGCUCUCUUUGAUCCAUCCAUGGUGCUUAUGAUUCCUAAGAGACAUGCAUACUGCCAGUAGUCAGAGCUCAUUAAUAUUUAUAUGACAAUUUCUAUCUGAAGAUGUGUGCUUUCCAAUUAUCAGUUAGAACAAUUUCACAAAACCCUAAAAUUUAGCUCCAUUUCAUAGCUUAAAAAACUGAGACCUAGAAAGUUUGUGAAUCCUUGCAUGAGACAGAAUCAGAUGAGGAAUGUGGAAGCUUGCAGGCACGGACUCCUGUUACACUGUAUUUCUUCAUCUUCCCUUCAGCAGUAACUUCUGAAAAGGCAGCACAGGUUUCCCGUGGCAAUAGGAUGCACUAUGAGUCUGUACUACCCGGGCAAUACUGAGAAGGUGAGUGAAGGGAACGUGCUCUCUCAUUGUGGUUCUUCACACAGCAUUUGCUUGCUUUUUCUUAGAAAGCCUCUUUAAAAAUAAAACCCGGAAAGGCCUUGUCAGCCCUGCAGAAAAGACCCUGAAUGUGCCUUUACCUGGACACGUUAACCCCUUCUCUAGCACGCUGUAUUUCAGCCCCCAUGUGAGAGCAGAAGGAAGCGAUGGUGGGUUAUAAUCAUGCCAGACGUGGGCUGUAUCCUCUUGGCCCCUCCUGGUGCGUAUGGAAUGAAGGAGAUUGACUCAGUGUGAGACUGAUAGCGAGAGGGAGGGCUUGCCAUGCGAUUCGACCAGUUCACUGUAAACACCCAAGUUGCACAAGUGGCUCAAACUUUGAUCUUUUUGUUGUGGAAAAGAAAUGUGAGACUGUGAAACCUGCCCUCAGUCACAAACAAGGAGGUGGACAUUACUCAAACCCAACUGUGGAAAUGUAAAUACAGAUAAAUGUGAUCAAAAUGGAAAAAGCACUUCUGUCAUCCCCAUCCCUUGCUCUCUGGCACAGAGAGGCUGCUUUUACCAGGGGCUGCUAUUGGGACUUGCCUGGCUCUGUUUGUGAGCACAGGCCCCAGUCCCACAGCUGAAACGCCCAAAUCCAAAUGCUCCCAAGUGCUGUCUGGGAGAAGGUUUAAGCCACAGGUGCAAUUAAGCUUUUAAGUGGUAAGCCUAUUUGGUUAGGGGCACACCUAGAGCCUGCAACAAGCUGAGGGAAAAGUGAUCAGUCUUUCAAAGUGACAGGCGGUUCCUGAAAUACUGCUGGAAGGGUUAAGAAGAAGCUAUAACAUUCGUAAUUCUCCUGGUAUUUAUCGUAACAGCUCUCUGAACAAGUUCUCUGUGGAUGCAUCUGGCUGCCCUAGUGAGGUGGGACUUGAUUUUAAUUACAAAUCUGCUAAUGGAUUACCAAAAUGAUGACGUUGCUAAGGCUCUGGGCACACUUUUCUUAGUCCCCUCUUCUCUUUCACCACCUCCUCUUUCCCAAGUCUGCCCAAGCAAAUACUGGAGCAAAAGGAGAAGUUUCACAAGAGUGCAGGCUGUUAGCCUGUGGUCUCUUUUCCUAUUAGCAUUUCGUGCUUUGAUUAGAUUUUUAGAGGAAAAAUGUCACAGCAGGUUGUCCACUAAAAUGUUGGUGAAUAUUUUAAGAUGCAAGUGUUCAUAGGCAUUCAGUGAGCAUAUGAAAAAUACUGGAUGUGAAGCUUCAGUGGUUCCAUGACAUUCUGGUUUCUUUGUACUGUGCUGUAGCUUUGCUUUUUUCAUCAUUAGGACAACAUCAGAGACCUUUGCUUUGCAUAGCCUUGAGUUCUUGGGAAAGGAUUUAAAAGUGGAACAUUAAGACAUCUUAGUGAACAUGUCCUAAUUAGUCUCUACCUUGGCUACCACAUGCUCAGAGGCCAAAAGCCUUACCUACACUAUGCCUCUCAAAUGCCUUCAACAAUAUUUUAUCCUCGUCUAGACAAAGUCUUAAGGGUUACAUUGUCAAGUCAACUAGUCACCCCUUUUAGUGGGGAAACUGCUUUCCUUCAGGAUUGUUUCUCUGCCUGCUUCUUCCUCCUUGUUGUCUCUCUUCUCCUCCUUCCCUCUGCAUACUUUCCCUGCAGCAACUCCUGUUCCAUCUGCUGUAAUGUAGGCAUUAACUAUUUAACUGCUGAUUAGGAAAAUCUUAUCACGUGGGCUUUGGAACAAUACUGGAGUGGGAAUAGAGGAGUGGGAGGCAGAGGAAGGAGAUGUGCGAGUUCCCAGCUCCCUAUCCCAGGCUGACCUGGGUGAGCAUUAGUCAUCCUUGACGCCAUAAGGGUGUUUAAUUUAUCUUCAAUCUAAUGGGUAGAAUGGUUGAAUGGGAUUUGGAUGUAACCGAGUCCUAGUCAUCUUUUGCUGCUGAACUUGCUAUUUGACCUUGAGUGAGCUAGGCCUGGCCUUUCAUCCCUUAGGCGUGUAGAGGGCAAGUACUGUAGCUACGUGCUUUGAGAUUCUCAGAUGCAGAAAACAAGCUCAUGCAAAGGACUAGUGGCUUUUCCUGUAUAAUAAAAUACCGUGGGGUUUUAGAAAAUUUUCGUCAUGUUUGUGCACCAAGUUGCAGGGAGCGAGAUGAGAAGCUGGAGGAGAUCUGCAGUUCUCCAAGCAGUGAAAGCCCUUUUAGCUCUGUGUUCCCAAGCAGCCAUCUGGGGCUUUUACCCAACUGACUGACUCCUUGUGUGAUGCAACUUCAGCUGGUGGCCCCUUCUCUCUCCCUGGCACCAGCUAUUCUGAGCAUUCUCGCGUUAUCAGCAUUUCGGCUCCUCUUUGCACUUGCAGGACCUAGUUGCUACAGUCAGAUGUAGUCUGUAGUAUAAUACUUGCGAAAAUUCGGAAGACUCGUGGGGGACUGUGGGCGAUGGGGAGAGAAGGAAUGCAGGUGGGUGCUGCAAGCCAUGUAAUCGGUCUCUGCCCCAAGGACUUUCGUGGUUAGUCACAGUUGCCAGUUUCUCACUUGGUUUUGCAGGACUCUGAAAGUUGAGCUGGAGAUGGGAAUUGGAUCUUUUCCUUUCUGUCAUGAAAGAGAAAGCACUGAAAUAUUUUGAUAAUUGGAGAACUAAGGAAAUUGCCACCGUAAGACAAGAAAACGGUAUUCUCAGCAAUUAGCAAGGGAAAGCAUUUUAGUCAGACUGAAACUGUCUUCUCAUUUGUAUGGGGAGUUCAUUGUUAGCAGAUGUUCAAUUUCCGUAAGCAAUUAAUAUUUGGAAAGCUUAAGAAUUAUUUAUACACAUGUAAAAGCCCCUUGUAUUUUACUUUAGUCAGGGAGUAAGUGCUCACACAAUGUCUCCUCAAAGACCCCACAAAGAUCAGAACUGGUGUUCUUGAUACUUUCAAAGAACAGAUGGGCCUACGUGGAGAAGAGCACAGAGGACAGGGUAAGUGUAUAUGUGGGCAGGGAAAGGAAAUAAAGGAAAAUAUAUCUUUGAAGAAAGGGACAAAAGAUGUUAAUAUACUUCUCAUGCAGUCUGCCUUCAUCACAAACAACCCCCAUCUCCUCUCCCCCAUCCCCACCUCAGGAAAUAAAACCAAUUCCAUUUAGAAGACAUCUCUGCAGAUCACGUGGCAGCUGGCAAAGGCUGCUGGCCCUUCUGCCAAAGACAGCUCAGACUCCUGAAACAAAGCAAACUGGGUUGAAAUUCUAAGCAUUAAAAAACUAAAGCAGCUGCCUCCCUGACAUCCUGGGCUGGACUCUGAUUUCGGUUUCACUUCUGCUAGAUUUGGGGUAAUGUCAUUGCUCCGGUGUAACUGAAAUGAGACUGCUAAUGAGUCUGCUAAUCUUGACAUUGGGUCACCCACUGGUAACCUGUUUGUUAUCUCUGUUACAUUUGUGGGAGCACACACACCCACUCCCUUUAGACUGCAGUAAUUUAUUUGGCCUAUUUUAUUUCUAAUGGUCACUUGAAACUGUACCUCUUGCCUGUCAGCAGCUGUAGUUGUUUUGCUAAGUGACUAUCUAAAGUGAGACUUCCUUGUGCAAAUGUGUAUUUUAGACACUGUCACCAGCAAUCCAGGGGUUCUCCUCUCUCCCUAUGCCUCCCGUCCCCCUCAGCUGUUUAAAUUUCAGGACACAUGGCUUAAACAAACGCAUGCUUGGAGCUUGCAAAAAUGGCUUGGAUGACAGGAGAAAUCGGAUCACACAAUGAGAGUUCAGAACGCAGCCACCAAUUGGUACAACAGGAGCCUGCAACUCCCUUACGCUCGUUAUUGUCUCGGCAUAACAUCCAGCAAUGCGUGUUUCUCACAUCCCCCUCUCAAAAAUGGUAACGCAAUUGAAACGAGCAGGCGGAGGAAUGUCCCCACCGCCCGCUGCGCGGCCGGGCUGUCAGCUCCGCUGCCUGCGGUACCCCAAGGGCUGCGGGUAUCGGGGUGGAGAAGGGCCUGCACACCUCAUUGUGCCUUCUUGCUUACGCUGGAGAAUCUCCAGCUUAUCCUGCCAGUGCAGUGACUGCAUGUGGAGGAGGGGGAGAGGUUGUGUUGCAACCUCUGAGAAAAUUAGUUGUCUCUAUUUUAUCUUUUGCAGCUGCAGCACUUUUUUUUGCUCCCCCCUCAUCACUCCCCCCGCCCCCCCAUGCGAGUGGUAUGUCUGAACCAUAUCCUUCAAAACCAGUUUUCUAAGCAGAUUAGAUGGGUAGCAGAGACAGCUAUGCAAUCAAGCAAAAAUGUGCACUCAAGCCUUCAUUUCGUGCAGUGGCCAGAGCAGUAAGUGUCUACCACCUGGAUUCUCUUUUUUUUCUUCAUUCUCUCCCUUUCCUGUUAUUCUGCAGUGCUGCAGUCUGUUGCCAUUGUAGCCUGAAAUGAAAUAUUCACUGUAGUCCUUAAUUAUAUAAAAAAUGGGGAGGGGAAGUCAGGUUCCAUGUUAAUACUCAUCAACGUGAAACAUAAAGCAUGCUUGCUGGCUGCCAUGCUUCACCAUGCAAAGUGACAUUUGCUCCCUGAGAGCGUGCUGAAGGGUAAUCUGGGGAUUACCCUCAGGUCCUCUAAUACUAGUCCUCUCCUGAGCGGUCUGGAAAACCAGUGUCUAAGUGUACUGCUCCUCUGAAUUCAGUCUGAACGAGCUGAAUUGAGGAUUAAGCUCUUUAGACAAGUUUGGAAGCCUUACAGCUCGUUCAGUGUGGGUGGAAAAUGGGGACAGGUCGGUGGGCUGAGCGGCAGACCUGAGGAAGGGACUGCCAGUGCCAUGUGAAUUUGGUCUCUUGCUGCCCCGUAUCUUUCACUGCUCCCUAUCAGCCUCGUUGCAUGCUAGGAAUCCGACAAUAAUGGUCUUCACCUGCUUUGAGAUAUCAUGAGAACUCUUAAGCGUUGGUAUUGGUUUCAUGCCUGGUCUCUUACAGGACAACGAGCUGAAUUUAGGAUUAAGCUCUUUAGACAAGUUUGGAAGCCUUACAGCUCGUUCAGUGUGGGCGGAAAAUGGGGAUAGGUCGGUGGGCUGAGCGGCAGACCUGAGGAAGGGUACGCUUUGGAUUGCUUCCAAGAGAGGAAACAGAGCAAAGUGUCCCAGGAGCCAUUUGUCGCUGCUUUAAAGGAGAGGAAGGAACCCAGAGCAAGGCAAUCCAGAAAUGCUUUUUUACUGUGAAUCUGGAGAAGCGUGGUGGAUAAGAGAAAGAAGAAAAGAACUCGUGUGAUAAAACUAGAGAAGUUGGGGAAGAAGAGGGAAAGAGAGAAAAUAAACCCUUUAUUUCCCAUAUAAGGCAAGGAGAAGGAAAGAAAAGAGAAACUAAACUGAAGACUUUUGUGUGCUUUAUGGGGUAAGAGAGAAGCUACUAGAAGCCCAGGCAUACAAAGUUAAUAUUUGAAAUAUUGAUAGGAAACUGUGCUUUAACAUGUUGGCAUGAUGCACUUGAUCAUCUUCUGCUGAUCCCUCAAAAGUAAAGAAUUACUUUGAGAAGAGGAAAAAAUUGCAAACAAAAGCAAGACUCAAUCUUUCUGGCAUAAAGGGGGUGAAAAAGUGGGUGGAAAGCUGGUUAGAUGUGUCAACCACAAAAGCAGUGAGAUAUGAUCACAGAGAAUUCUGGUUUCAAGACACAAGGAAAUCAUGCAGAGAUAUUUUUCACACUGACUUGUAAACAGCAUCUUUGGGUAUGCAGAAUUGCCAAAUUUACCCGUGUUACAGGGGCAACUUACAGUAAGUUCCUACCGAAGGCAUACGCCAUCUGUUUGAAUUACUUAGAGGAAAGGUUCGUCUCCUUGUUCCCUUUCUAUUAGAUGUGACAGAUUAAUGUCUUUGAGGGCAGAUCACUGUUAAGCUAAAUCUUUCUCUGGUUAUGAUUUCUUAUAACUAUAAAACAGUCACAAGGUUAUGGGGUUUAAAAGGAGAGGUUUAUUGCAGUUUCGAACACUGAAACUACAGGCUAAGUGUCUCUCCUUUUUCUUUUUUUCUUAAGUAAAUCAAAACCAUACAUGCACUCUACCUUCUCUCAGAUAUAUGGACCUAGAGGUAAGAACUCACAUCACAAGAGAAGUACCAUAGAGUUUGCAGGAAAACUAUUAAAACAGUUGUCUGUGAAUACAUCCUAAUCUUCCCACUGAGUUGUCUCCGCUUGUUUUAAGAGCUGUUUGUUGAGGAUGAGUCAGUGGCACCCCUAAAAUUUGGGGCAGAACUCGGAGCCUUCAGCACUUGUUUCUGCUCAGCUGUCACAAAAGCCAUGUCCGUGCCUCAGCUGGGAGCAGCACGGGAUCGACCAUCCAGACAUCUGUUGCAAAACCUCUUCAAUACCCGUCAGACUCUCUAAACCAGUCGUUACACUGAGCUGAUGAACUCAGACGUACAGUCCGGGGGUCACAGCAGGAGCUGUGUAGGAGGAAGAGCGGUGCUGAUAUUGCUAUAAUUUAAGUUCCCUGCUGGGGGAAUUUCUAUAGGAGCGAUCCUCAUUCACUGUAUUAUUUUUGAGAUAGUUUGUAAGGAUGGUGCUAUGGUCAGUAAGAGGCUGAUCUGAGUUUUUCUUUGGAGCGGCUCUUUCAGGGGAAAAUACAGUUUCUUUAAAAUAGAAACAUUUUUUUUUUCCUAGAAAAGCCCAAUUCUAAAUUUCUGAUUACCUGUAAAAUCAAUAAACCAGCUCUUUACCAGAAAUACUACGUUGACCUGUCUAUAAUACCUGAAUGGGAAUACCCCUUUGCUUUGCUUUUCUUUAACUGGUCUGGAAUUGGUUCAAAACAUUGUGUUCACUCAGAACUGGUUCAAACCCCUGUGUUGGAUCCUGGGCAGUCCUGGGCUGCUCAGAGAGCUGCUGUCUGCUGUACCCGUCCUCCUCUGCUGGACUCCACGGGCCUUGGCUUUACAUGUGGCGUUACAGCUCUCCUGGAGACCGUGCUGUGCCAUGGGAUACCUUGGUUAUGUGCGAUGGGAACUGCCAUCCAGCCAGGGAGUCUGGCCGAGAAGCGAGGCCGGCGUUAUCAGGCUGCCAAACGGCAGCAUCUGAGGCAAUGCAACCUUGUGGGAAUAAAAGCAGUUCAAUGGUGAACUGACUCAGAACAGAAUUUCUCAGGUCAGGUCACCAAACCAAAAUGAACCAACUUUGGUUUCAGUAAUGUAAAAAUAUUCCAUUGCAAAUGACACAAAAUGCACUGGUGUUCACAAACACUUUUUUUUUUUCCCCUAAACUUGUGAACUUCCGUUCUACAAAGAGUCUCUAAUUUCAGUUUUUCUCCCAAAUUGGGAUGAGAGCGAAGGUUGAAAUACUGGAAUUUCUUCCUUUCUGGGGAGGAGGCAGCUCACAAGUAUGAGCAACCAGUUUCAGGGUUAGGGCAGCUGACUAUGAAGACCUGUCCAGAGGAGCAGAGCAGGUGAUGGUGGGACAGACAGGUGAUGGUGGGGAGGGGAACACACAGCAGAAGGAGGGAAGUAGAAGAUGGGAAGGAGAAGCAGCAACAAGCACUGGACCAGAAGAGCAAGGAGAGGAGCUGCUACAUAUUUGUGCUGUUGGCCGUGCCCAGCUCAGCACCGUCUGCUCUGCUGAGUGCCGGGCGGACAGACAAGCUGGUGCUGCACUGAGAGCUGCUGUUGGAGAGACCUUGCAGCGUUCGGAGAGGGCAGGGGCUGGGCGAGGUGGGCUGGGGCUCACACCAGCGCACAACCCGCCGGUGCCGCGGGGUUUCACUUCUGCUCACCGAGCGGUUGAGUCCUCGCGUGCUAAUUGAAUGGGGGUGAAUGCAGGAUCAAAAGUCGAGCAUUUCUCAGUUCCCAUCCAGGCUCUGAGCAGGAUGCUGCUGCCCUUGCAAAUUAGAGAAUCUCCCUGCCACUGUCUUUGUCUGCAAAGCAAAAGCAACAGGAAUAACCUUUCCUGAUGUGACUGGGAAGGAGCACUAGCAACUAUUCCUAACACGCUGCAGAGUGUUCAUUAUGCUGAUGCAUUUCUUAUUUAACAAGUUUCUUAACUUUUUUAAAAUAUACCAAAUUGAUACACUCCAUCCAUCAGCAAUGCCCUCCAGGAAUGAGUAGCUAAUUAGAGAGCAGGACUUGUGAAAAGACAAACCCGGGUUAUGCACAGAACAGGUUUCUCCAGUAUUUAUUGCCUACGUUACUGGCCAAGCUUCCUUGUAAGUAAUAGUCAAAUAAUCGGCCUGGGUCCUUUUGUGAAUGGUUUGAGUCUGUGUGGUCCUCCUUUGUUAGAGCAGCUCAUGGUUUCUGAAAGCUUCUGCACCCCCUGUUCUGCACAGCAGAGCCUGGUGGCACCAGCUGCUUCUGCUGGAACGAGCAUUUGCAUGUGACAUUAUAAAAAAAGACAAUUUCAAAAUAUAUUUGCUUUUCCUUAUCCCCUGCUUUUUCAGUCCUUCUUAAAACUCUGGAAAUAUAACAGAUGAAUAUAUUUAGCUUUUGCUACAAACAUCUUUUAAACAAGUAAAGCCUGAAGAGGAAAGAUUUCAGAAAUAAACCAGCAGCCAGCGUUUGGAAAUAUUUUAACAAUAGACCAUAUGGGAGUCCCAAACUAUUAAGCUUUAUUAUUCAGAAGGCGGAAAAUGUGGUUUGAUAUUCAAUUGAUAUACAGCAUAAAUGAGAGCCGCAAACUCGUCUCCCUUGAGCUGGGAUUCAGAUGUUCUCUUGAAUAUAAUAACUAACGCUUUGGCCUACUUCCACAGAAUGCAUCCAGCCUGCUGAGCACAAGCCAAGAAACUGCUGGCUUUUUUUUCCUCUUUCCCCUCUCCUCUCUUCUCCAAAGUACUUUCCUCUCCUGCCAGCAUGAGCUUUUGGCCUGAAUAUAAAUCUCCUGAUAUUAGAUACAUAUAGAAAAUGAGGAGGAUGCUAAUAGUGCACAGCAGUAGAGCUGCGUGUGUGUCCGUGUGUUUGUUUUUCUUCUGCUUUAAUGAUAAGGUUUUCCCCUCGUGAUGCGCCGUCAGGGGACUGUGUUGGUCAUCCUAGGUGGGAGCCUCUUUGUUCCUGUUUCGCUGUUUGUUUCUUAGUGCUGUGGGAGCAGGUGAACAUCUUUUGGGGUUACUGUGAAGUUGUGCCAGCAACCAUGAGAGUGUGGAAUUUGUUGGAGAGAGAGACUGGAAGUGGUUUCAGUUUCUUUUUUUCUCUGAUUUGACUUGCAUGUAUUUAUGAUUACCUUUUCCCCUUUCUAUCAUGUCUCUCUUUCUCUCCUAUGGGGAAAAGAACCGUAAAAGUUGCUUGUGAAAUAUCACACACAUGGACUAAGAUUCCCUACAUGCAAAGGGAGACUGAUGGUUACACAGAUACUGCAAUCAAGUAAUGGCAGGCUGGAUCACCUGCUAUUUUUUGACACAGGAACCCUGAUUCACUCUGUGUACAGGGCGGACCAGCUUUGUCGGUGUGAAUGUGGGAGGUGUGGUAUGAAUAAAGAGCAGCAGGGACACAAGAAAUGGUCUUGCAGGUUGGGCAGUUGAAACUCGCCCCAAAAUACUGAGUUCUGUGCUGCCUGUCUCAGAGAGCUCCUUUGGAAUGCCAGUUCACCUUUGGAAACGCUCACUGAAGCCUUCUGCCCUGUGCCCCUCGCCACAACGCAAGUGCCUGGACACAGACCUCAGGCAUAGAAACCCUGCAGAAGGUGAUGUUUAACAGGCAGGUGUAUCAAACCAUAUUCUGUAACACAUGCAACACGAGAUGGCUUUGUAUGUAUUUUAACUUGUAGGUGUUUGAGAUUUCUCCCAGAUUUUUGCGCUGCAGGACUUGGCAAGUGUCUCUAAGUAACGCUCCCCCCGGUUUUGUGACAGAGAUCCUCAGCUAUGUUGGGUCCAAUCAUUUUUCCAGCCUUUUGGAGCCUGUAGCCAACCCAAGACCCUUCUCUCUGCUCUGUGAUGUCCCUGGAGCGCGCUGGGCAGCUCCAGCAUCCAGCUCUCUGGCGUUUUUCUCCAGAAGUGUGAUGAGCACAAGGAAAAGACUUUCACUUUACGUGUAAGUCCAGGAAUGCCUGUAGUACAGAACGCUGUAGAGAGUAUAAAUUAUGCACUUUGAAUGUGAAGUUCAGUUUUGGCUUCUGUCUUUCUUCCAUUUCUCUUUUCAGUUGUUCGUGAUAGCUGAAAUUUUCCAUGUUUUUGUCUCCACCCACACACAAUUUUUUUCCUUUGGGGAAAACUGGAGCAAAAUCAAUUUUAGUGCAAUUUUUCAAGCCUCUUUGACUUGCACCUACAUCUGUUUCGUGUGGGGGAAUGGAAUUUUAUCAUAAAACGUUUGAUUUAUUUAAUAUAUUCAAUAAGCAUCCAAGAUGUGCCAGGUACUUUCUCAGCCAUUUUUUGGAUGAGAAAUCUUGCAAACUAAGAACUUAAUACACAAAGAAGCUACAGAACUAAAAAUUUCCCUGCUGUUAAAGUUCUCCAUAUAUCUAAGGAAUAAACCAAGUUUGAACAAAGCAGAUCCAGAGACUUGUGAAGUACAAAAUGUGACAUGCAGUACUGAUGAAAUCCAACAUUACAGGAACAACUAUAUCUUUUUACAUAUUCCUUGACCUCCGCUCAGCUUACAUCAAACUCCGCUGAGAUGUGUCCACGCACCAGCUCUACUUUCAUUGCAACUAUAAGUCUAUUUUCACUGGGGAAGCUGUUGCUAUGACUGUAUGAUGCUGUACUAAGGGCUCAUCUAAACAGGGUCACUGAUUCAGAUCACGGUAAGUUACAAAUCUGAGCGGAAGAGCUAUUCCCAGUUAACUUCAUCAUCCUAAUUAAGAGGUGUCUGGCAAUAGUUAAUAAGGAAUAGCUGUUCUGGAAUAAUCCUUUUUUAAGACAAACCCUUACUCUUUCUAUAAUUGCAUUCUAGGGAGCUAUUCUGUACUGACUCAGCAUGGGAUAGAGUGCCUAGAAGACGUUCAGACCAAGCACAGCUAGCGCGUCCCUGCUGGUCCUCCAUUCUGCAUCUGUGCAGCCACGUUCUAUUGAUGGCCUGUUGUGAUUUCAAUGGAACAUCAUGGGAUGUACCUGGCACGUCGGGCAGCACUGGAUGGAGGUGCCUUUAGCCCAAUGUACCUGGCAUGGUGGUAAGGUGAAGGUGAAAGGAAGAGAAGGUGGAGAUGGAACUGCCAAAUCAUGCCAAACAACUGCUACUGCAGCUGAACCAGCAACGAGCCAAAGGUUUCCUCUGUGACGUGAUCAUUGUGGUAGAAAAUGCCCUGUUUCGUGCCCAUAAGAACAUCCUGGCAGCCAGCAGCAUGUAUUUCAAAUCCCUUGUCCUGCAUGACAACCUGAUUAACUUAGACACGGACAUGGUGAACCCCACUGUGUUCCGGCAGAUCUUGGACUUUAUUUAUACUGGUAAGCUCUUAACGACUGACCAGCCCGGUGAACAGAACUUUAAUGCUCUCCUCACCGCAGCAAGCUACCUCCAACUGCACGACCUGGCAGCUCUCUGCAGAAAGAAGCUGAAGCGGAACGGCAAGUCCUUUGCUGGCAAGGCUGGUGGCCUUGGUCUCGGGAGAUCUGCCAGGAGUCAGAGACUUUCCACUGCUUCGGUCAUCCAAGCUCGCUAUUCAGGGUCAAAUGAGGGGUUGAAGGGCUCACACUCAAAGGAGCUGUCAAAGGGAAAGCUCUCUGAUGACGAGGUCUUCAUCAGCAGCUCCAACCAAGAGAACUGUCACUCCUUAAGCAGGGGAACCAGUAAGAACGGCGGUGGGGGCAGCAGCGCGAACGGGAGCACUGGCGACCAGGAGCUAGGCCUCGACCUGUCCAAAAAAAGCCCGUCGCUCCCUAUUGCAGCCUCCCACGAUGACACGCAGCACAGCGAAAGCCAGCACGGCUCUCCCCAAUCUGCCUCAGCCCCCGCAGCCAACAGUGCCUCAUCGUUCGAGUCUGGAGUCGGAGCCCCUCACAGCAUGGCGGACAGCAGCGACCCCAUGGAGAUGGACCUGGGGGAAGAGUGCCACCACCCACUGACGGAGAGCAGCCAGCGCAAGGGCCUCCGGCACUCAUCCCGCAAGAAGGAGUGGAUCAAGAAAGACAACGCCUUUGACCGAAAGGAGGGGGGCAAUGACAGGGACGAGGGCGAAGGGCUGCCUAACGGCAUCCUGCUGGGGCCCUUGUCCAAGUCUGUGGAGCGGAGUCUGGCUGGGGCCUACGGUGCAGACCUACCCUACCCGUGUAAGGACGAGGUGGAAAAUGGUAAAGAGAACAGUGAUGACAGCGGCCAGAGCGAGAGCGAGAGCGGCGGGCAUACUAGUGCCAACUACGUCUACCGGCAGGAGGGGUUUGAGCCAGUGGCCUACGGUGACAACCUGUACGUCUGUAUCCCCUGCGGCAAAGGCUUCCCCAGCUCUGAGCAGCUCAACGCCCACGUGGAGACGCACACCGAGGAAGACCUUUAUAUCAAGGAGGAAGGCACGUAUGGUGGCAAGGAUGAAGCUGAGGAUUUGUCCAACCCCAACCAGUCCUACGCCGCAGAGUCGCGGCCCUUCAAGUGUUCGGUGUGUGAGAAGAGCUACAAGGAUCCGGCCACGCUGCGGCAGCAUGAGAAGACUCACUGGCUGACGCGGCCCUUCCCUUGCAACAUCUGCGGCAAGAUGUUCACGCAGCGGGGCACCAUGACACGGCACAUGCGCAGCCACUUAGGGCUCAAGCCCUUUGCUUGCGAGGAAUGCGGGAUGCGCUUUACCCGGCAGUACCGACUGACAGAGCAUAUGCGUGUCCACUCAGGAGAAAAACCUUACGAAUGUCAACUGUGUGGUGGGAAAUUCACCCAGCAGCGCAAUCUGAUCAGCCACCUGCGAAUGCAUACCUCUCCCACAUAAGCCAAAGACUCCAGAAUGAGCUUCGAGCCCAUCCGCAGUGAUUUACCUUUCUGUAGACUUGCUGCUUAAAAAAAAAAAAAAAGAAAAAAAGAAAAAAAAAUCAAAACGGGGGCAACUCCCCAUACUCUGUUCAGUCAUGGGAGGCCUAAACAAAUGUAGCUUUAACAUUUAAAAAAAAAAGUUCCUUUUUUCCCUUUUUUAAAAAAAAAGAAAGGUCCGCAGCCAAGCUGAUGCCUUUAGUCCAACUCUCCCUCCAAGUCUUGGUGAUCUGGCAAGAAAUGCCACUUCUUUCUCUGCACAUUGACUCCAUUGCCAUAUUGACUAUCUGGAGCAGGUAGGGACCAUGGGAACUGUCAGCCUGCGCUGGCUCCCUCUCCCUGCCUCUUUCCUUCAUGUUACUGCCACCCUACUCACCUCCCCUCUUCAAACCAAACCUCAGUGGGGGCAUUUCUUGCCAUUAAAAGUAAAAUGAAGUACACCUUUUCAGUGGCCUAAGUAGCUGUGAAAUAACAAGCGCAGAAGCUGUGUCUGUGGACCAUCUCACAGGGUUGGCAGCCCCUUCGGAUACUGUGGGAAAGCCAUAGCCGUGGUGGAACCCACCACCCUGCCCCGGGCUGGCGAUGGUGGGGAGAGCCGUCUACCUCGGUGUGCACCAGCCCCAGUGCUUCACUUACAGUAAUGGCGAUGCCUCCUCACCCUCCCUCCUCUCUUGGUUUUGAUCUUUAUCCUUGGCACACGUAACCACGCGCCACCUUUUCCCACAAAACACGCAAACCUCUUCUGCCUUACCCAUGACUGAACAGGGACUGGAUGCCCUGGGAAUUUCUUUCAGUGAGCAGGGGGUCGUCUUUACUUUUCUAGUAGUUUCGUAUGAAUAUUCUUUGCUUAGAGGUACUUGUUUUAUUAAAGGAAAAACCAUUGUAACGUUUAUGUGAAUGUUUGAACUGGAAGGUCUGAGGUUACUUCUAGGGCGGGUGGGCGGGGAGGGGGUUUGAUGUAGGCUGGACUUGCUACAAGUUCCUUAGGUACUUUUUUAUUAUUUUUUUUAAUUUUAUUUUUGUGUGUGUGUGUAUGUUUUUAGCUUUCCUCCCUCACUAAAGAGCGAGUCUGUGUGGACAGACUUGUUACCUUUGCUACCUCUUGAAUUCAUGAGAACAAUAAGAUGGUUAGUGAAAGAUUAGGCAUUUUUUUUCUCUUAUUGUAAGUAAUUAAAUGUAUAAAAGUAGAAGCUAAAUUAAAGUUAAGGGAUUUUUACCACCCUGUCCUUCCAUCAAAAGUCAGCUAGAGAAAUAUUAAAGCAAAGCUCGGCCAAAGACAAAGCAAAAAGUAGGUUGAGCCAGAGGCUGCGCUGGCUGCUUGGGCUGGCUCACUCGCCUCUUGGCUGUUUGUAGUCACUUUUAGAUAAAAGAAGAAAACUUCUCUGAGCUUUCUGGGCCCUUUCCAGCUUUGUUUAUUGAAUCUGGAUACUAUGGGGAGGGGAAAAUGUCCCCCUCAUCUUCCACUCCCCCGGCACAUCUGGGUCAGUCUGUAAACACCUGGCAGGACAGAGGGUGAGGGCAUAGCAGCCUAUAAUUUACUAGAAUCCAGAGUGCAAUAAGGUGGGGGAGAGGAGGAAAAAGCAAACCAAAGUGUUUCAUAUCCUCCCUUUUAGACAAUUUAACACACGCACACAAAAAAAAAAAAAAAAAAAAAGAGAAAAAAAAAGAAAAAAAAAGAAACAAAAUGUUCUUGCAACAUCUGCAUAAGACAUCACAGCCAACAGCUGCUAUUGGUUUAGGAGAGAAGACAGAGAACUUAAACUUAGCCCACCGAUUCUUGGCCCUCUUGACUUUGUUGGCGUGACCUUGUGGAAAGCUAUGGCUUAUUUCAAGCCUCCUGUGACUGUGGUGGUAAAAAUUCACAGCCAGUAGAAUCAUCCCUUCUGAAUUGAGUAAGGUUUACACUUGUCUUUUUUCUUUUGUUUCGUUUCGUUUUGGUUUUUUUCCACUCAAAGCAGUAUAGUUUCUAUGCGUCAGGUUUACCAAACCUCAUGUUUUCUUUUUAAAAAAACAAACCCAACUUUUUAAAGUUUCGACCAAAUAAGAAAAAAGACAAAAAAAAGAAAAAAGUGAGCAUGUCUGACUAAAACAAAGAAAUAUAAGCUUCAUUUUUCUAUUGGGAUUUUUUUUGUUUGUGUUUGUUGGGGUUUUUUUUUGUUUGUUUGUGGUUUUUGUUUUGUUUGGGUUUUGUUUUUUUUUUUAGUAAGGUAGACUAGUCCAUAAGAAGGUUUUGGGUCAAUUGAAUGAGCUGAGGAAACUGGAAUCCAGGCUCCAAGCAAUAGGCAACCCAAAGGCGCUGAGCCCUGGCCCGGUGUGACGUUGCAGGGAACACGCUCGCCCUCUCCCCCGCGCUCCUCCCAGUGCCAUUGCCCACUCCGCUCCCCGCGAGCCGCCCGGGGGAGAGGGGAGCACGGACUUUUGUGUUUUCCCAAUUGUGCUGAGAUGCGCUGUUUUCUUUUUUGGGGUUAGGUGCGUUUUUAGUGUCUUUAGCACUUCCACAUUUUGAAUAUAUAUUGAAUUAUUCUCUCCUUGAUUUCUUGCCAACUCUCCCCUGAGAAUGUCCCCAAAAAUAGUCUUUGUGGAGGACAGGGAAGGCCUUGCCAUCUACCUUUUUCUCAGAGCAAGUCCCAGCAGGGCCCAGGGACAGCCGCGCAAGAUGAGUUCCUUGGCACUUUUCCCCUGGCUUCCCUCCCCUCAACCACCCAAACCUGCGCUGGACCCCGCGCUGGCUCCGGCCGCAGCACGGCAGGGCCCCCGCGCUGCCACGGAGCGAGGACCCAGCGACGCCAGAGUUUUCAAACCCAAUUUUAGCUCCCCCAGCGAGAAGGGCGCGGCCAGGGCUGCUCCCUGCGCCCUGCUGCAGGCUCUGGGUGCGGGUGUCCCCCAGUUGUGGCCCGGCAGUUUGCUGAGAUGGCGCUGCCACACAGAGCAGCCCGAGGGGCCAGGGAGCCACCAGCUCCUCUCUGGGCAAAUAACCUGCUUCCCCUCACUUAAUUCCAUUUUCACAGCAUGGGUGUGGGUGAUGCAGCCGCUCCCCCCAUCCCCAAGCCCCCUCCUUCAUUUGCUUCUUAAGCCUUGAGAAUCAUGUUGAAGUUUCAGGACCCAAUGCUAUUUUAUUUUUACUUUAUCCCCUCCCCAGCACUUAAACAAUACGACAUAAAGUCUGUGUACAGCAAGAGUAUUGUACAAAAGGAAAUUUUGUUCUUUUUUCAAGUAGCUAUGUAAAGUUGUGUUCCAUAGAUUGAGUAUAAACAACAUUUUCCAAAUUGUGACAGUAAUAAUGAAUAACUAAUAAUACUCAAAACUUCAGGGACUGUUUCAGGCCUGCUUGGGGCCUAAACGCUCAACUGCAUUUGUACGACAUAGUAUUGUAUCAAACAUUUUUCUGUAUUUUAAUGAGAAAGCAAAACACUAGUUUCAUAUUUAAGAUUUUAAGAGUUUUAGGGUGGGGGGGAGGGAGUUGCAUUUUUGUUUUGUUUUGUUCUUGUUUUUUUAUUUUAUUUUUUUUUAAUACACAAAGAGCCUCAAGAGGAAUAAAACAAUUUAAAAACAAACAAAAAGAAAAAAAAAAGAAGAGGCCAGGCAGCUUAAGUAUAUGCUUUAGUCACUUAGUUCCAGAAUGUUUUCGGAAUAACAGGAAAAAAAAAAGAGAUAAAAUAGCAAAAGUUGUAUAAAAGAAUAAAGAAGCUCAUACCCAAAUUCACAAAACUAUUUUUUAAACCAAAGCACAUUUGAAUGAGUAUGGAACCUCACUUGGCUCAGAAUAGUACUAAUAUAUUUAUCUCAUUGUUUACAUAAACUUUUACAGUUUCAGACCUCAACAGAUCUAGGGGCCAGUCAAAAUUAAUCUUUGCUUUUUCCAUUGGUUUGUCUGGGAGGCUGCGCAGCGUCCCCCGGGGAGGGGAGAUGCGCAUCCCAGCCUGCAUUCCAGCACUGCUCGGGGGGGCGAGAGGGAGGGCAAUUCAAAUAUGGCACAUAGAAAUUGUCUGUUUGUCUUCAACCCAUGAGAGAUGUUGCAGGGGGUGAGACCCAGGCACUAGUGCGGAGGCAUCUCAGCCUACCUCUUCCUCAGAGGAGCCCAAGGGUACCAAGAGAUGCAAGAAGCUCUAGAGAUAGAGAAGGAUGUUGGCAGAAGGUGGUGCGAGCUGCUGUACCCAGCACACCUCCUUAACAUCAGCCAUGGGGAGCUGGGCUGGGCUCCUCUCCAAUCCUCUACUGCGAAACAUCCAAAACCAAAUUCCUGGAAACAAAAACCCAAAGCCCAGCUCUGUGCGUUUGGGGGAGUUUGCAGGAGCCACAAAGAUCGCAGAAGACACCAAAGAGCUAUUGACACGCAGCUUCUGGGAGGCUUUGUGGCUGCUGCGGAGGAGCAGGGACAGCCCUGAACGGUGGCCGAUCUCCCUGUGGUGACCCGGGUGGCUUUAACGGGCUGGUGAGAGGGCGAGGGCAGGGGCACCCCACUGUCCCUCCUGCUCAGAGCUGUGCUGGGGCCUGAGCUGAGCCACCUUUUAAUUAAACAGCUGGAUUGACUCACUGCAGACCUCACAGUCACAUACAAAGAGCCCAACCAAAACUCCCAAGGCUUUCUAGGUGGAAACCUAAGCUUGAUUUGCAUGUUAGAACAGUCUAAAGAUGACCAAUGAAGAUGGUUUGCUAAAAUAUUGCUGAAGCCCAAAAAACAAAUAUAUAUUAAAGAAAGCUCCCCACAAUUAGUCUUGACCCUCUGUAGCUUUUACCUUCUACACCAAAGCCGCCUCAAACAUUUGAGGGGGGGCUGAUGGAAAAUGAAAUAUUAAUUUUGCCUGGUCUUAAUAUCUAACAAAGAUGGUGCAAACACUAUUUGACAGUGUUGUUUUUGUAUCAAUAUGUAUGUGCAGUAAUGAAUGUAUUUAUUUCUCAGAUUCUGUAUGCACAGUUUUGCAAUGUAAUUCAGAAAGUUGCAAAUACAAAGAUGUGUCCGCAGGGUCUUCUCUACAGGAUUUCAAAAAAAUGAAAAAAAUAUAUUAAAAAAAAAAAAAAAAAGAAUCUCAGAGACUCUCAGCAUAGCCAUAAACCAUAACCUGUGAAGACAAUACAAAGACUGGACUUUUGUAGCUUUGCAUAGAAGAGGAAUUUAUGUUUUGCUGUAUUUAAAUGUUUCCAUUUACAGUGUCACUCUCUUAAGAUUCCUGUUUUGGUUUUUGUUGUUGUUUUUGUUCCGUUGGUUUUUUCCUCUCUCUCGUGUGUGUGGAAAGCAUUGUUUUCCAGCAGUGCAGGUUCAAAGUCUGGGUUAGCAGUAUUUUACCGUGUCGCUUCAGUUCUGAAAAGCAGGAGUGUGGGUCUUGACCAGGGAAACAUCCAGAGCACUCAGCAAAACAAAACUAAUUCUGAGGUGACUGCUGGCAAAAUCCGGAGAAGGUAAAAGUCACCAGAGGAACGGGUGUGUGCUCCCGAUUGCAGCUUGUGACUGAGACAAGUCCCCUGUCCUGCCGGGACAGGACGUGGCUCCUUUACUGAAGUCCCUUUCAGCCCUCGCUUGCUGUUUACUGUGGUAGCAAUAAAGAUCUCAGAAGUGGGGAGCUGAUGCCUAAGACAGGUAGAGGAGGCUUCGUGCCAAACCCUACAGCCUCUGUGCCAGCCCGCCAUGGGCCUUGCAAACUACACUUCAGAGUCCCUAUAGCGUAAGGUGUUCAUAGAGUCCCUAUAGCAUAAGGUGGUCAUGGAGUUCCCAGGAAAAGCUGGGCUUUACAAAGCCUCUUGUUGCAGUCUGGUGGAGUUAGCAGUUACAGACCUGCUACAGCCUUAAAAAUGAGCGUGCAGAAAGGAUGCUUGUUGAUUUCUGGAUAUUUGCCAAAUUCAGAAACCCCUCCAAUCAAUUAGAUGAGCUGGAGUUUAGGGAAAAGCAAAGCAGAGACAAAACCUCCCUACAUUUCAAAUGGGUUUGAGAGGCUCUACAGAAACAUCUAGAUCUCCCCAGACAGCAGAAAUGCUCAUCACUGAGAUGGCAUUUUUGAAUAAACAUUCAUUUAAAUGAGCUUGGAGCUGUAAUUCUGGACUAAUCAAAGAGACUUCUAGCAUUUUUUUCUUCGUUUUUGUUUAAACUUAAAGAUUUGCUCAACAUCAACAAAAUCUUUCCAUUUAUCGUAGAACCUUUUCUUUCCAUAAUCUUACGCUUGUACCCCAGAACUGGCCAUAUUCUUGAAAAUUUGGGGGUUGCUUUCAAUAGCUGCAAGUAGCUUGUUGCAAUGUUUUAAGUCCCACAUACUUUAACGUCCUGAUUUUUUGGUCCAGCUGCCUCCUAUCAUCCUCCUCCUCUUCCCCUUCUUCCCCAAUUUUCCUAAGUAUUUUGAAGCCCAGUGUUGAACACGCAGGGACCACCAGCUCAGUGUUUUUGAAGGGAGCAGACCCUGUGGGAUGCGGUGGGGAAGGUCUAGAACAGAAUACCUCACGGUGUGUUUGUUGGCCGUCGGGGGACACACUUCACAGCGCUUGCUUUCCCUGAGAAGUGGGACGCUUUUUAAGCUUUCUCAUUCACAAGUUACCAAUUGAAGCACCUCGCACAACCGUUGCUCUAACUUCCACAGGAGUUUUGACCGGCUGGGGAUAACUUCUACAAGGAGAGGAUCUUGUUCUGGCUGGCUGGAUAAUUUUCCCCAUUUUAUUUUAAUAUUUUAAAUACAACUGAAAAAGGGAUGUUGCAUCUCUCUCUUUUAUUUGUUAAUUUUAAGCCUUAACUACCAGUCAGUCUAGAAGCCCUGGAUGUUUCCUGGGGAGGGCAAGGAAAAGGCCGACAUUCCUGCUGCAAUGUUCUGUUCAUUUCCUUCAAGAGCUUGAAUUCAGGUCAGAGCCACACAGAGUUGUGGCUUCAACUCAAGUGUCAUAUAAAAAGAUACAGAAAUUAUAAUAUGAUCUCAGCAUUCAGAAAUUUGCAGUCUUAAUGUACAGUGAUGAGAAACUGUUAUUUUAUGAUCUUUUCAUUAAAAGCUUGAUUGAAAAA